UGCGCGCGGCGGCGCGGGGCGGACGCGGCGGGUCCGGGCCCGGCGCAGCGGGGGCGGAGGCGCGAGCGGAGCAUGAAUGGGGCAAGAUGGCGGAUCAUGUGCAGAGCCUGGCCCAGCUAGAGAACCUGUGCAAGCAGCUGUAUGAGACCACGGACACGGCGACGCGGCUGCAGGCGGAGAAAGCCCUGGUGGAGUUCACCAACAGCCCCGACUGCCUGAGCAAGUGCCAGCUGCUCCUCGAGAGAGGGAGUUCCUCCUACUCCCAGUUACUGGCAGCCACCUGCCUUACCAAACUGGUGUCACGCACAAACAACCCCCUGCCGCUGGAGCAGCGAAUAGAUAUCCGGAAUUAUGUGCUCAACUACCUGGCCACGCGGCUGAAGCUGGCGACGUUCGUGACGCAGGCGCUGAUCCAGCUCUACGCCCGCAUCACCAAGCUGGGCUGGUUCGACUGCCAGAAGGACGAGUACGUCUUCAGGAACGUCAUCUCCGACGUCUCCCGCUUCCUCCAGGACAGUGUCGAGCACUGCAUCAUAGGAGUGACAAUCCUGUCCCAACUAACGAAUGAGAUUAAUCAAGUAAGUGCUACAGCCUUCCUCAGUGAAGCGGACACAACCCACCCUCUGACCAAGCACAGGAAAAUUGCCUCUUCCUUCCGGGAUUCCUCUUUAUUUGAUAUUUUCAACCUGUCCUGCAGUUUACUGAAACAGGCUUCUGGGAAGAACCUGAACCUGAACGAUGAAAGCCAGCACGGGCUGCUCAUGCAGCUCCUCAAGCUCACCCACAACUGCCUGAACUUCGACUUCAUCGGCACCUCCACGGACGAGUCCUCGGAUGAUCUUUGCACUGUGCAGAUCCCAACCAGUUGGAGAUCAGCAUUCUUGGAUUCUUCGACCCUUCAGUUGUUUUUUGAUCUUUAUCAUUCCAUCCCUCCUUCGUUCUCUCCUCUGGUUUUGUCCUGCUUGGUGCAGAUCGCCUCCGUUCGCAGAUCCCUCUUCAACAACGCCGAGCGGGCAAAGUUCUUAUCUCAUCUCGUUGAUGGAGUCAAACGGAUACUGGAAAACCCCCAGAGCUUGUCAGACCCCAACAACUACCACGAGUUCUGCCGGUUGCUGGCGCGGUUGAAAAGCAAUUACCAGCUGGGCGAGCUGGUGAAGGUGGACAACUACCCCGAGGUCAUCCGGCUCAUUGCCAACUUCACCGUCACCAGCCUGCAGCACUGGGAGUUUGCUCCCAACAGUGUUCACUACCUGCUGAGCCUGUGGCAGCGCCUGGCAGCGUCCGUGCCCUACGUGAAGGCCACCGAGCCCCACAUGCUGGAGACCUACACCCCCGAGGUCACCAAAGCCUACAUCACAUCCCGCCUGGAAUCCGUGCACAUCAUCCUCAGGGACGGGCUGGAGGAUCCCCUGGACGACACGGGGCUGGUGCAGCAGCAGCUGGACCAGCUCUCCACCAUCGGGCGCUGCGAGUACGAGAAGACGUGUGCUCUGCUCGUGCAGCUCUUCGACCAGUCAGCCCAGUCCUACCAGGAGCUGCUCCAGAGUGCCACUGCCAGCCCCAUGGACGUGGCUGUGCAGGAAGGGCGCCUGACGUGGCUGGUCUACAUCAUCGGGGCGGUCAUUGGCGGGCGGGUGUCGUUCGCCAGCACGGACGAGCAGGAUGCCAUGGAUGGAGAGUUGGUCUGUCGGGUGCUGCAGCUGAUGAACCUGACGGAUUCCCGCCUGGCCCAGGCUGGGAAUGAGAAGCUGGAGUUGGCCAUGCUGAGCUUCUUCGAGCAGUUCCGGAAGAUCUAUAUCGGAGAUCAGGUGCAGAAGUCUUCCAAGCUGUACCGGCGGCUCUCCGACGUGCUGGGGCUCAACGACGAGACGAUGGUGCUGAGCGUGUUCAUCGGGAAAAUCAUCACCAACCUGAAGUACUGGGGUCGAUGUGAGCCCAUCACCUCCAAGACGCUGCAGCUGCUCAACGACCUCUCCAUUGGGUACAGCAGCGUGAGGAAGCUGGUGAAGCUGAGCGCUGUGCAGUUCAUGCUGAACAAUCACACGAGUGAGCACUUUUCCUUCCUGGGCAUUAACAAUCAGUCCAACCUGACGGACAUGAGGUGUCGGACAACGUUCUACACUGCACUGGGGCGUCUGCUCAUGGUGGAUUUAGGGGAAGAUGAGGAUCAGUACGAGCAGUUCAUGCUUCCCCUCACUGCUGCCUUUGAGACUGUGGCCCAGAUGUUCAGCGCAAACACCUUCAACGAACAAGAGGCAAAAAGAACUUUGGUGGGUUUGGUGAGAGAUUUGAGGGGAAUUGCCUUUGCCUUCAAUGCCAAGACCAGCUUCAUGAUGCUGUUUGAGUGGAUAUACCCCUCCUACAUGCCAAUCCUGCAGAGAGCCAUCCAGCUCUGGUACCACGACCCAGCCUGCACCACCCCUAUCCUCAAACUCAUGGCUGAGCUGGUCCACAACAGAUCCCAACGGCUGCAGUUUGACGUGUCCUCUCCCAAUGGAAUCCUGCUCUUCCGAGAGACCAGCAAAAUGAUCACGACCUACGGGAAUCGCAUCCUGACGCUGGGGGAGGUCCCCAAGGAUCAGGUCUACGCCCUGAAGCUCAAGGGCAUCUCCAUCUGCUUCUCCAUGCUGAAGGCAGCGCUGAGCGGCAGCUACGUCAACUUCGGGGUGUUCCGGCUCUACGGGGACGACGCCCUGGACAACGCCCUGCAAACCUUCAUCAAACUGCUGCUCUCCAUCCCCCACAGCGACCUCCUGGAUUAUCCCAAGCUCAGCCAGUCCUACUAUUCCUUGCUGGAAGUUCUUACCCAGGACCACAUGAACUUUAUAGCCAGUCUGGAGCCUCAUGUAAUCAUGUAUAUUCUCUCUUCCAUUUCAGAAGGUCUCACUGCACUAGACACCAUGGUUUGCACGGGCUGCUGCUCCUGCCUGGACCACAUUGUCACUUAUCUCUUCAAGCAACUGUCCCGCAGCACCAAGAAGAGAACGACCCCCCUGACCCAGGAGAGCAACCGCUUCCUGCACAUCAUGCAGCAGCACCCCGAGAUGAUCCAGCAGAUGCUCUCGACAGUGCUGAACAUCAUCAUCUUCGAGGACUGCAGGAACCAGUGGUCCAUGUCCAGGCCCCUGCUCGGCCUCAUCCUGCUCAACGAGAAGUAUUUCUCUGACCUGAGGAACAGCAUAGUGAACAGCCAGCCCCCGGAGAAGCAGCAGGCCAUGCACCUCUGCUUCGAGAACCUCAUGGAGGGCAUCGAACGCAACCUGCUGACCAAGAACAGGGACAGGUUCACCCAGAACCUGUCAGCGUUCCGGAGGGAGGUGAACGACUCCAUGAAGAACUCGACCUACGGCGUGAACAGCAACGACAUGAUGAGCUGACACCUCCCUCCUCCAGCUGUACAGAGCAGCAUCUCCUUGGCCUGGCCCAGAGGGGUUUCUGAUGGAAAGAAAAGAGGCCCUUCCUAAUCCCUGCCCUUCCCCAGGGCUGGAUUGUGGAUCCCACGUCCCCGAGGGAGGAGGGAGCAGGAGGUUGAGAGCUCUACCUGGGCAGGUGCUUCUGUUUUCCGUGGGGUUAAAAAAUAAAAAAAAAAAAAGGGGGUGGAAGGGCAUAAUCCAGGUGCAAGAAUCCGAUGUCUCUCCCUACCCCUGGAUGUGGAAACGCCAGCGCUCUGCUGCAGCCUGCCUUGUAUAAAACAUGUACAUUUUUUCAUAACAUUUUGAACAAGGUUUAUAUUGACUCGAGUUUAAAAAAAAACGACAAAAAAAAAGGACAAAAAAAGAAAAAAAAACAACAAAAAAAAAAGAGGAAAAAAAUAAAAAAAAAACCACACACACACACACAAAAAACCUACACAAAAUGACAACAAAAAAAAAAAAAAACAAAAAUACAGUGUGAUUGAAAUUUUUACAGAGUCCUGGUGCACCGGUGCUGGCGUGAGGGUUGUGUAUGAGAGUGAGGAAAGUGUGGCCUGAAGCUUUACUGGGCGAGGGGGUGGCUGUGUGUGAAAGUGCAGAGAAAUCUAUUUAGUGACAGUAGAGAGAGAAGCAGGAAAAAAAAAUUAAAAAAUUAAAAAAAAAAAGAUACAAAAAAAAGGAUUAAAAACAAAAAAACAAAAACCACGGCGACGAAACCCGACAAAAAUUUAAAAAAAAAAAAUUAAAAAAAAAAACAAAAAACAAAAACAAAACAAAGAGAAAAAAAAAAGAGGCAUUGUAAAAUUCCAAAAUGUAUAUUUUUUCUUAUUAAGCCCCCCCUUGAAAUCACAAUUUCCCCCGGUCUCUCGCCCUUGUUAUUGGGAACUCGAAGCCAUGGCGUGACCCUCCGUUCGUGCUUGCUCGUGGGUGUCUCUCCUGUCCCCCCUCUGGAGCAGUAGCCCCUGUCCCCUCCCAGAGCCUCCCCUCCUCCCCCACUUCUGUUUUAUCCCCCCUUCCGCCCCCCAGCGUGAGCAGGAGCUCAGGGCAGCACAGGGAGGCUUCUGAAUAACAAGGUUUUGCCCAGCAUGAAGUGUUGAACCCCCCUGGGGAACGAGCCAGUUCUUCUCCGAGUCACCACCAGAAACGUUCGGGAUAUAAAUCGAUAGAAAAAUUGACUUAACAGAGGAAAGCUGAUGGGGGAGGGAACCUGUUUGCCUUGUAUUUUCCCACUAUUGUUGCUGCUAGUCGUGUGCAUCCUCUUGCUCAGCUCUACCCACAGACACUCGUCCUUAGGGCUUCAGUUUUAUUUCCCAGACACCACCUACUCUUUAAUUUUAUUUUCCUUCUUCUCCCCCUUCUUUUUUUUUUUUCUUUGUUUGUUUGGGUUUCUUUGUUGAUUUUUUUUUGUUGAUUUUUUUUUUUUGUUUUGUUUUGUUUUUUAAGAUUUUGUUUGUUUUCUUUCCUCUGGCGAUUGUGUGUUGGGUCCCUUUUUCGCGUGAGCAGAUGCUGGUUGACUUGUCAGGGUGUUUGCUGCAAACAGUGUAAGCAUUGUGACUGCAAAUAAAACUUCAAUGGUUUCUACUGA